UAAACAUGAACACUCGCUAGUAUCACACUUCACAGAUUGAAGUGCUUGCAAGCACAUGAAAACUGCCUCCACAAAGUUAAUAAAUAAAUUUAUCGUUCAUCAGUGAAAUAGAAAAGUGAAAUCGCUACGCGGAAAGAACAUCCGCAGGGUUUAGUGAAGUGUUUGUUUCAAGGUAUUCAAGGUUAAAGUGAAAUAUCAGAAGAUCAGUAAAAAUAAUUAUUCCGGUGAACGAUCCAGACCUCAGAAGCUCGACAGAAGUGAACGCGGAAAUUAUGGAGCCAGAUCCCUAUUACAGACAGUUAUGCUCCUCCGAGACGCUGCGUUCCGGGUCGAAAGGCUUCUUCCGGGACUUCACAGAGGUAGUGGUAAACAAUGCAGGAGAUACUUGGAUUACUAAAGUGUUUGGUGAACUCGACAGUGACGACGAGCGCAUGCGGGUGAUAUUUACCAACCCCAGCAUCAAGAAUUCAGUUGUUAAUACCCUCGACAGAGUUAGACAUAUCUACAGGGAUAAGGACGCCCGGAUAUCAAAAUCGAGGCGGUUGGAAGGUGUCCAAUGUUUCCAUUCCGGAGAGAACGCGAAGGCCCUGAUCCUGUUGAGCCAGGCUGUCCUACGUGCACCGAUGACAGGUCGAGUGCAGAUAAUCGAUGAUGGAUACAGCUUGGCAUUGGCUUUGGUGGCACGUGCGGAUGUACUAAUUGCACUCGGUGAAUUGCACAGGGCUAUCGAUGAUUUGAGAGCAGCCAGAGAGGAGCAAUUGCCUGACAACUUCAGAAUUCAGAUCGACUCGAAAUUGACAGAAUGUUGCCAAUGUCUCGAAAAUUCUCAGAAAGCAGUGAAGACUUUGGAUCCAUCCAAGAAGGACCAGUACUGUAAACCGAUUCCACCCCAGUUAACAGAUGGACCGAAUCCAGAAUACCCGGGGCUGUCUCGACGCGUGGAAAUCCGUGAAUCACCGGAUGUGGGGAGGCAUGCUGUAGCAGCGAGUGAUGUACGAGUUGGCGAUACACUUGCGACAGAACCUCCAUUAGCUUCGUGUCUUCUGCCAGAUUAUUAUGGGACUCACUGUCAUCACUGUUUUAUUAGAUUGCGAGCACCCAUGGGAUGUCCUCAUUGUAGUACUGUUGCUUUUUGUGGAGUUGCGUGCAGGAACGAAGCUAUGGAAAGUUAUCACAAGUACGAGUGCAAAGUUUUGGCUCUUCUCAUAGGAUCUGGGAUGAGUAUUCUGAGUACACUUGCCCUUCGCAUGGUAACCCAAGUAGGCCUCGAAACUUCCCUAAAACUUCAUCGUAAGUGCAAGGAAUUGAAAGCUACGGGAAACGAGUUGGAAAGUCAAAGUGAAGCUUUCACAAAGCCCGAGGGGGGUAUGAGUAAAUCCGCUAAACGACGUUUGAGGAAGAAAAAACUUCUGGAAAAUUCACGGCAGUUAAAAAGUACUGAAGAUGUGGAUUUUAGGGCGUAUGAACUUGUUACUCACGAUACACUCAGGUCAUCAGCUGAUUUUUUUGAACGAACCCUUAUGGCCGCUUUUCUACUCAAGUGUCUGAUGACCGUCGGCUUUUUCGGAAGCCCACGACUGAGUAUUGACUCGCCGACAGAUGAGGAAAUAACAAUAGGCUCACUUCUGCUUCGGAAUCUCCAAUUACUACAAUUUAACGCUCACGAAAUUUUUGAAACCCGGAGUGGUAAUGAACAUCGCUUUCGUGGGAACAAGACCGUCUACCUCGGAAUUGCUAUUUAUCCGAGCGUGGCGCGUUUCAAUCAUGAUUGUUACCCUGCUGUUACAAGGUACUUCACGGGCCGAGACAUUGUCAUAAGGGCGACCCGGCCGUUGAAGCCAGGAGAGGUGAUUGCCGAGAAUUACGGACCGAUUUUCAUGAAGAGGAGUCUCAAAGAACGGCAAAGGGUACUGAGUGGUCGCUAUUGGUUCAAGUGUACUUGCAGAGCUUGCACUGAGGAUUGGCCACAAUUUGAUGGACUCAUUACUUACUCGACACGAUUCAGAUGCACAACUGACGGCUGCAAAGGAUCACUCAGACUGAAAAAUGAAAAUCCCAGUGUAAAGUGCACAACUUGUCAACGGAAGAUAAAUCUGAAGGAAUAUGUUGGAAGACUCGAAGAAUGCGAGGAAGAGUAUAAACGUGGAUUCUCGUCCAUGGAAGAGGAAAAGUCGGAUGAUACUUUCCGUCAAGUGGCACAAGCUCUUGAAAAAUUUCACACACAUGCAUGGCCACCUCACAGGGAUACGCAUCUGGCGGAAAUAGCAUUGGCUACUUGUCUGGCAGAGAAUGGAAAUGCGUGGAAAAUGUUUACCGAGUGAUCCCCCUCGGGCUAUUUCAGACCGAAUUAUUGCGGAUUCGGGCGGUAUCUGAUAUUCAGGAUUCGGAAAUGGGUUUGAGUAGAGGUGGAUGUUUUUGUGUUCGGAGGAUGUACAUCGUGGAAUUAAUGAUCGCCGAGGGAACGUUUCAACGUAUGGAAUUUCCCACCACAUACCAUUCCUGGAAAUAUUGUUGAAAUUUUCAUCAUAAUGAGUUUUUUAAUCAAUUCGAUUUGAUUUGAUUGGAGAAUUUGUUGACUUUAUUUUCAAUUUUAUAUCAAUUCAAGAAUUUUUUAAGGAUUUCCAUUUGAUAUGUGAUUUAAUUGGAAAAUUUUGUGACUCUAUUUUCAAUUUACUAUUAAUUCGAGAAUUUUUUAAUGAGUUCAAUUUGAUUUGAUUGGAAAAUUUGUAGACUUUAUUUACUAUUUGAUAUCAAUUCAAGAAUUUUUUAAGGAUUUCCAUUUGAUAUGUGAUUUAAUUGGAAAGUUUGUUGACUUUAUUUUCAAUUUGAUAUCAAUUCAAGAAUUUUUUUAAAGUAUUCAAUUUGUCAUUUGAUUUGAUUAGAAAAUUUACUGACCUUAUUUUCCAUUUGAUAUCAAUUCAAAAAAUUUUUAAGGAAUUCCAUUUGAUAAUCGAUUUAAUUAAAGAAUUUCGUCACUUCAUUUUCAAUUUGAUAUCAGGUAGAGAAAAAUUCUGGAAAAGGUACGUAAAAAGUUCGAUAAAAUUAACUAUUUGAGGCGUUAAUGUGGGGCAAAAAAAGUUUUCCGAGUUCGGAAAAACCUGACCGAAAUAGCUGACAUCACCAUCAAUUUCCCACUGCAAAUGAUGGAAUUUAUAGAUCGUCUCUCAUUUUUUGUCACGAAUUUUAAACAAAAAUGACAAAUUAUUGAUCGGCCAGCGAUUAGGUGACUACCCACGUACAUUUUCCGGUGUUUUUAUCUCCAUGUAAAGUGCGAAAAGUCGAAACAAAAGGGAUGAGCUGAACAAUUUAAUUAUCAAUUGUACGUUCGAGUUUUAUCAAUAUCGUGGGGAGUGUAUUUCCAAAGGUAGAAAAUUGGAAUGAAUGAAAUUGGAUGGAUGGAACGUGAAUUGGAUUGGAUGAAUUAUUGUUAUUGUUUAAUCUGGAUUGAUUAAAAAAAUGAGUGCCCAGAAUGAAAUCAAUUUACUCAUGAAAAAGAAUAUCGAGAGAAAAAUUGACAAAAAAUAUUGUUAAUCCGAUAAACAUUUUCGUUUCUCGAUGAUUUUUCAUGAAGAUAUUGUUGAAUAACAGAACUAAUGUAACUGUUAUAGUUUCUGAUCAGUUAAGCUAUUAAUAACUAUUAAUGAAUCAUAAGAUGAAAUUUGUUUGGGUGUUGACAAUUUUUGUUGUCACCGGUGAUUUUUAAUUACCAAAUUGUUGAUAAUAUAUUCAGGAGAUUCAACAUUUUUUCUCGUCACGAAAACAUUCUUUUUUAAUUAUUCAUUUAUAUUGAAUAACAAUUAUUCAUAUCUGCGCAGCUUAAGGGGUUAUUCUCAUGUGAGCACUUCAAAAAAUCGAUUUUUUUUUAUAUUUUGACAGUAAAACCUAUUGAAAACAUGCUGUGAAAAAUUCAGACCGAAAUUCAUAGUAUUUGAUAAGUUACAGCUCAUAGUCGCCGACGUGUCGUAAGCGAUUGUCUACCAGGCUUUAAACUUUAAACGCGUUUUUCUCGAAUCAUCAUUUUCUGAAACGGUCAAGAUCCUACAAGAAAAAGUAUUCAACCGAUUGCUUUAAAAUUUACAUAUGUUCUUCUACACAUUUAUAGUUAUCGUCCCUACCACAAUUGUUUAUUUUCGACAAUAUCUUCAUAUUUUUUUUUAACGAUUUGUAACGAAAAAGAAGGAGAUUUUCGUGAUUUUUUUUUUGAAGUUCGAUAUUUUUUUUUGUUUUUAAUGAAAUUGAUUAUAUUUGGUAGGGACGAUAGCCACAGAUCUACUGAAUAAUAAUCCAUUCGAUUUUUUUAUGUCAGACAACAUGAACAGCCGCUAUCACCUUGACCAGUGAAAUACCUUUUUUUGUUGGGGACUACUUUGACUUAAAAAAAAUAUAUGUUAAAAAUGUAAAAAAAGGAAAAAAAAAUUUUUUUCGUAUAUUUCAAAAUACAAAUAAAAAUAUAUUGAAAAAUCAACAUGAUUGAAGUUUGUUGUCGCAUAAAAAAAAAAUUCCGAAAAAGUGGUAAAAUAUAGGCGUUCACAUGAGAAUAACCCCUUAAUACAAUGGUUCAUUCAACUGAAAAUGUUUUUCAUAUUUUCCACGAACAAAAUAUCCAUGAAUUUAAUAUUAAAUAUAAAAGAUAAACAUUUAGUGAUGAAUUAUCAUUGAGAACUCAAUAAAUUUUCAACCACUGACGUUAUUAUUUAGUAUUCAUCAUUUAUUAUUUGUUAUUGAAAUAGUAACGCAAGGUUCACCAACUUCAAUUUUCAAUCAAUAAAUCACAAAAAGACAGCGAAAUGUUCCUUAAAAUAUUUUUUCCAAGAACAAAUAUAAAUAAUGAAAUUUUUUUUUUCAUUUCACGAUUUCUUAUUUUACCACUUCACAACAAAAUUCCCAAUUAAAACUUUCAGAAUUUCGAUUUUAAUUAGACGAACCUGGCAAAAUGAUGAUGAGAGGAAUGACGAGGGACUUAUUAGUACACCAUAAUGAUCAGCAAAUUGAUGAAACUUGUUUCAUCAAAGUGAGUUAUGAAUAUUCUAUAGAUUCUCCUCCCACGUGGAUAAUUUCAAUCGAAAAAAAUUAGGUACAUCGCCCUUUCUUCGUUCAUUUCAAUAAAAAAUUGAUACUCCUGGGAUUAAAUGAAGUUCCAUCUUUAGAGGUCCAUAAUCUCCGGAGUGCCUGAGGCCAGAGGAUUCAUGAAUUUAAUAUUAUAUGCUCAAAGUGCACGAGUUAAUUAUUCAGCUUCGUUGGUCAUCCCAUUCGCCAUGCGAAGGACUUUAAUAAACAAAAAACGGGUUUAACUGUCAUUUCCAUUUACUCAUCUGAAGUGAAUAAAGAAUAAAUAAAAUAUUUAUAUCCUUGGGAGGCAAUAAAUUCUGCAGUUCAGGUGAAAAUAUUUCCCACAUUUUUCACGAAUAAAAUAUUCAUGAAUUUUAUAUUGUUUUUAGAUGAAGUGCAUACGAGACCGUCAGUUACAAUUCACCGAUUUUUUUUCCUGUUCAUUUUCGACUAAUUACCCUUUUGUGAAUAAUUCAAUUACAAUUGUUUGUUAUUUUUAGUUAUUUUAUCAUACGUCGAGUCUUGUCUAAAAACAGAUGAUUUCAAUGAACGAAAAAUAUUUUUAACUUCCCCAUAUUUGAAGUUUAUGAUCGUCGUAUGGAAAGACAAAAAUAAUAAUAAUACGAAACAAUACAAUAAUAACAAUAAUAAUAUUUUUUUCUUUGUUGUUACAAGACAUGUGUUUACACCUUCUCCACGUGUUCCAUUCUUAAUUUAUAUAUUCCACUCAUUUUAAAGUCCUAUACUCGAAAUAAUAUUUUCCGUGAAUAAUUUUCAGCCUCGACGCCCCCGAUUCAAGUGUGGGGGCUGCGUUGGGCCAAAGCCUGCAGUCCUUGAUCGGAUUUGCAUUGUUAAUAGCCCUUUAUCCUCUCAUUAAUUAUAAAAAAUAAGAGUUGUGACUCAAAUUUAACUAUAAAUUAUUCUCAUC